GUCAUUAGGGUACUCCCCAUGAAAAAACAAUGGGUGUUUUUCAGUUCGCUAGCUACAUCUAGGUCUGUUUCUCCAUGGAUCCUGAUGCAGAAGAACUGACUUUCCCACAGCAAAGUCCUUUUGUGGCAACUCUAGACAACUUGGCAGCAAAUGCUUUCUAUGACGUAGCCAUCAAGAGGGAGGCGAGCAAGUUGAACACUGGUCCACAAUGGUUUGAACCUGUUCCCUGUGAAGUUCGCUACCCCUUCACUCUAAUUCAAAUCCCCAAGUACUCCGGCGUUUCCGAUGCUAAAGAGAUCUCAGAAAAGAUGAAGAACUCAGGCAACAACUAUUUCAAGCGAGGAGACCAUUGGGAGGCUAUCUGGAAGUACGAACAUGCUCUCUUCAUUGCUCGGUCCUUCCCCCAGCUCAAGGAAGAGUCAGCCUUGCUACAUUGCAAUAUUGCAGCUGCCUGUCUUAAGCUCGGAAAGGACGACAGAUCUGAUCUUCUGGAGGGCUCCAUGUUUCCACCUAGCACUAUUCUGUGGUUUGUAUACACUCAACAGCACACCACUGAGGCCAUCAACUUCAAUCCCUCAAACAGUAUCCUUUGUAAGGCUCACUACAGACGAGGGGAGAGCUUCAAGAUUAUCCUGAACAUGCCUCAGCUGCAGAGCUCCAUUCGGGCAAUGUGUGGCAUACUGCCCAAUGGCUCAGGCUCUGCCAGUGAAGAUGCUUUCAGUCAAGUCGUUGCCGAUUUCGUCAGGUGUAUACAGAUGCAGAGCGUUCCCGAUCCAAAAAUCUUCAGUGAAGCCACCGUGCUUGCCGUCAAGUAUAAUCACUGUAGACUCCUCCCCCUUCUCACGGAGCGCCACGUGAAGAGCGGGUUCCCCUCACAGAUACUGCAGGAGAUGCUUCAACGGGAGGACAUACAAACCGGUGACUUGCACCAACUCCUCAUAAAGCAAGAGAUACGCUCCAAACAAACACCUCAUUUUGAUGCCUCUAAAGUGAGCGUGGCUGAUCUAAUGAACAGGGGACUUGGAGAUACUCCGGUUUUCAAGAAACUGUACGAGUGUGGGAUGAGAAUAAAAGGAAGUGAUUUUGUGCUGGCUAGAGAGCUGUAUCAGGAGAAGACUAUCACCAGAGGAGUGUACGAGUUUGUCAUGAGUAAACAGAAAAAUUCCCCCGAGGAGCAAUUCUUCAAACUGAAGCAAGAAGGCAAUGUCCUGUUCAGUAAAGGCUCGUAUGAGCUUGCCCUGGGGCUAUACUACCAAACCCUGAACCACUGUCGCACUAACGGAAUGGUGGAAGAGAUGGCGGUUGUGAGGGCUAACUGCGCUCAGGCGUGUCUCAAGCUGCAUCUGUACAGUGAUGCCUACUCACACGCGGACCAGUGCCUCACUCUUAACCCUUCCUCACAUAAAGGUUACUUCCGUCGAGCCGAAGCCCUGAAGGCCAUGUUGGAGUCUCCUAAUAAGUCCACACCACCUCCUGGGACGUAUAAGAACGUUGUCAAGGACUACCUGCAGAGCCACGCCUAUCAAUCCAACGUAGAUACAUUCCUCAAUGCUGUCCACGUGGCCAUUGAUGAAGAUGUGAGUCUGGACGUGAUACCCCACCUUCUCCCCUCUGAAGUGAGAUCAGGUUUUGCAGACGAAGUCCUCUAUUCAUUACUUAGACGUGACAACGUCUCAGACCGCCACCUCAGGUACAUACUCUUUGACUGGCCGCAGAAACUACCAAGACCAUUCAAUACAUCUAAACUUAAGAUAAUUGAAAUCGUAAACCGUGUACGAGAUGCACCAUCAUACGAACGCAUGUUUUCCUUUGGUCUAAAAGUUACAGACGACCAAGUUGUCAUGAUUGUUCACUUUCUUCCCGGGGACUGUGCGGAUAUACUACACGUUAUCUUGAACCACAUCAAAAGCAAGGGGGAACACCCUACGUUGAUAACAUUUCUGAACGUGGGUUGCUCACAAGCACUGGUCGAUCGCAAGUAUGACCUAAUUGUUUGUAUGAUGCAACACGGCGCUAAGCCGGGUCCGAAGGAUCUGAGGGCUUGUGAGGGUGUGAGAGACCACCCCCUCGUACGUAAGUACCUGGAAGAGGGUACACCCGUUGACCCCAUCCUCGAGGAACAAGAAUUUAGUAAGGCAGUGGCUACUCUUAACCUGGACGCCCGGGGCUACUUCAAGUCUGGCAAAUACCCUGAGGCCAUUCUGCUGUAUAAGAAAGCCGUAGAGCUAUGCCAGGAGCACAAACUCACAAAGGCGGAGGUCACCACUCACCUUAAUCUUUGUCUGGCCUACCUAAGAUACGGGAAGCAUGUCGAAGCUUACACUGAGGCUGAUGCCUGCAUCAAGUUGGCACCGAGAUAUGCAAAGGCAUAUUUUCGUCGAGCCGAGGCACUCAAGAAGUGUGUGGAUGAGCGGAGGGGUCCCAAUGCAUCUAGAGAGCUGCUGAUUGGCUACCGGAAAGUGGUAGAGGACAUCUGCAGAGGCAACCUCUUGGAGCCCAACCCUAAGGCAUUCGCUGAAGCUGUCAUCGUGGCUCUGGAAUACAAGGAGCAGGACAAACUACCCACGCUGCAAACAUAUCCCAAGUCUUUCUUGACCAGCGUUCUCAACGAGGUAGUCGCGCGAUCAGACUGUGACCACAGACACUUACACUCUCUUGUUUGCAAGCUCUGGAGUCUGAAGGACUUCAGUGCAGCGGAGUUGUCCCUCAAAAGAGUCCUGUCAACUCUUGGAGUCACCCAGUUGUCCACCAUUCAACGGCUCUUUGAACUAGGUAUGAAGGUCAAAGAAAUCGACGCUUCCGUUGCCAUUGAUCACCUGAAACAUGACAACCCCAACCAGCUGCAAGCCUUCAAGCUUAUCGCCUCAAAGUGCCCAAAAGAACAUUUAGAUAAACUCUGCACUAAAGCAUUCCUCAGCAAAAAGACCCCGUUUGUGUUCUCGUUCAUUGAAUGUGGAUCUUAUGUACCUGGUAAGGGGAUAGAACUAUUGGAACUUACACUGAAAACUAAGGAAUACAUUACUGGAAUGGAAGUUGUUCAAGCCAUGAAUGCUGAGCAAGUAGCAGCCAUUGACCUUGGGGAAAUUAUCGACACGAAUUUAGUUCAUGCCCCAAAAUUGUUGAAGUUGCUAGUGGAACGUGGUGCUAAUCCUAACGGUCUUGACAGAAAGUCACCUGUCGUCAUGGUGCUUUCAAUGGAGUACAUGCACAUUGACAAGAGGUGUGAGCUGGUGUGCAUUCUGUUAUUGAAAGGGGCAGACUGUAGUCACCUCUGUCGGAUGAGGAAGGGGACCACAACGCCGCUACAUGUUGCCACGGAGAUUGCAUUCCAAGCAGAUGGCAAUACCACCCUCAUCUCAGCUGUGCUCCAAUCCCCGAACUUUAACCCCAAAAAGCUCACCAAUGACAAGCAAGAAACCCCCCUCCACCUGGCCGUCAAACCACAUCGCAAACGAGUGCCGAGUACAAAUAUCCUGAAGGUACUCUUGGAGCCGGGAAUUAUCGAUCCUGCUAAGAAAGAUAAAUCUGGAAGGAGAGUGGUUGACCUUCUCUCUAAGAAUGACAAUCGUAUGAAAUUGAUUGAGACAGCAACGAGGCAUUACAGGGCAGGCGGUGGUAGUCUGAGCAAAAAGAAACGAAAGAAAGGGAGUGCAAGCAAGCAACCUGAAGUGAAACAAGAAAGUGAUCAACCUGGUGAUUUGGAAGUUGUUGAGGAAGAAGUUCCUGUCGUGGAAGAGCCAGUUAAAAUCCAACCAGCUCCUGCUCAAAAGCCUCUAAUUGAUUACAGCAAAUUUUCGCCUUAUGAGAAAGUGAAUUGGCUUCUUGAAAGAUUGCUCUUACAGAACAAAGACUAUUUUAUUCUCACCAUUGAAGAGCCGUCUAGUGAGGAUAGUAGUGUGAAACCACCAUCACCAAACUCAUCGGCUUCACCCGAAGUGCCCCCCCAAAGAAAUCCAACUAAAGAGAAAGCAAAACAAAAGGGACAAAUUCGAGACCUCGCCCCUAUUCCACGUGAAAUAUCCUCCGUACCGGAAUCAGACACUAUGAACUCGGUUUUCGUUGAGUUAGGUUUCAAUCUGGACACUUUACCGUGGGAAGUCGAAGGGACGGAAAAAAUUAUCAAAUUCUUCAAAGAUGUAAAGAGGAACUGUGAAAGUGAUCGGGUUUGUGCAGCAAGGGCCAUCUUCAGCCUAGCAGAAGGCCACAGAAACAGGCACCUAGCUAAACCAGUGAGCAGCGAACCUGGACUAUCCCUCUACGAGUCAAGAAUAACAAAAGUUGCUCGUUUACUGUGGGAGAAAGCCAUCACUUAUUCGUCCAAGCUGACUGGACCGAGCACCACCCCAGUCUACACUCAGAUCAUCCGGGUAUGGGAUGUUGUGUUGGAUCACGAUGCAUUGGAGAGGAAAAUCAAAGCUUGCACAGAACAGAUUGAGUCAUCUCAUCGACGCGGUCGUCAAGCCUCCGUUAAAUGGGUACUGCAACCUCAAGAUACUGCCCCUAUAUCUGGUGGUGUUCGUGGCAGAGAAAUGGUCGAACUGCCAAUGCGUUUCCUCUUACCUGGCGGUGACUUACAAAAUGCUGAUUACGUGUUUGUACCUGCUGCUAGCACGAAAGAAGACGAAUACAACAUCACAACUUUUGUGUCAUUCGAUACGAUCUCUUUUAAGAGCAUUCUUCUCGGAACAAACGAGAGACGAGACUACCCUUUCAAAGAGUGGCAAAAAGAGCACGAAAUUAUCAAGCUCCGUACGAAGGAAGCUAUUUUGCUCCUGGGAAGAAGUGGAACUGGAAAAACAACAUGCUGUCUGUACCGACUCUGGAAUGAGUACAAAGAGUAUUGGAACCCGCAGUCCCAAUUCUACAACUUAAAAAUUCCCAGGAGGGCUUUGGUGUCUCCCAUAGCUCAAAAAGAAUUGUAUGAAUCAGAAGAUGAGAUGUCUACUAGCGAUGACGACGAAUCUUUGAACGAGGAUCCUCUCUCUCGACAAGACAGUACCAAGUCCACUGAUAGUUCUGGGUCACAUUCCGUUCCGCCAAGACAAGCCAGUACACAUUCCUCGUCUGACUCCAAAGCAGAAGCAAUGCUGGCCAGUUAUCAACAACUUGACGAUAUAAGCACUGAUGAAGUACUAGUCGAGGAAGAUUUGCAUCAAGUAUUUGUGACAAAAAAUUAUGUGUUAUGUGAUCAGAUCAAAAAGCGAUUCUACAACAUGGCAGCAGCUCACGACUUCCUUAGUGAGCACCUGAAGUUUGAGAGCAGUCCUCUUCCAAAUAAUUUCUCUGAAAUUGAUAAUCUGGCAUUCCCAAUUUUCCUAACAGCUCGUCAGUUUUACAUCAUCUUGGAUAAUUCCCUUGGUGACGGAGAAAUGUUCUUUCGUCGAGAUGCAGACGGCAACGUUUCUGUGAAAGUUUCAAGUAUGGACUACGAUCACGAAGACAUUGAGAUUCUUCUUGACCUCGAAGAGAGUGACAGUGAGGGGGAGGAGAGUGGACAAGUUACUAUGGCAACCCAGGGUCUCGAGCACGCCACUGGGAAACAGCACGUCGAGCGAUGGACUGAAGUCACUGCUCUCUACUUCAAAGAGAUUGUGUGGCCGACUAUAUCUCAUCAGUGCCAUGUUUCAAGCAAAGAUUUUGACCCCUUACUGGUGUGGAUUGAAAUACAGUCAUUCAUUAAAGGCUCAGAAAGAGCGCUCAGAAAAGGGUCACCACUGAAUUGCUCCGAGUAUCUUGAGCUGGGCAAUAAAAUGGCACCAAACUUUUCGAGUGAUCGAGAAACAAUCUUCAAACUAUUUCAGAAAUAUCAGCUGUUUCUUCAAAGACUACGGCACAGCGAGUUCCUAUUCGACGAAUGUGAACUGAUGCAUAACCUGUACAAGAGACUGCAAAAGGUCCGUAAUGUGCCGUGGUCCUUUCAUAGCGUCUUCAUAGACGAGGUACAAGAUUUCACUCAAGCCGAGUUGGCAGUGUUCAUCCAUUGCUGUCGUGAUCCUAACUCCAUGCUCUUCACUGGAGACACAGCUCAGAGUAUAAUGCGAGGAAUUGCAUUCCGUUUUGAGGACCUUCGUUCCCUUUACCACCAAAUUCACCAGCACACCUCCUUGGUUCAAAUACCUCAGAAACCGUACAGACUUACAAUCAACUUCCGUUCCCAUUCGGGCGUGCUGAAACUAGCCGGCAGUGUGAUCGAUCUCAUCAGCGAAUUCUUCAAAGAUUCCAUCGACCAGCUCCCAGAUGAUGAAGGCAUGUUUCCUGGCCCCAUUCCAGUUCUUGUGGAGUCUUGCAAAGUGGACGAGCUAGCUCUACUGCUCAGUGCCAAUAAGAGGAAGUCGUCUGCUAUUGAGUUUGGUGCUCAUCAAGCGAUUAUUGUCCAGUCAAAAGAGUCAAAGGAAAGACUACCCGAUAUAUUGAAGGGAGCCAUUGUGCUCACGAUAUUCGAAGCCAAAGGGCUAGAAUUCGAUGAUGUACUUCUCUACAACUUCUUCACUGAUUCCUUGAUCGAUGAGAAAGGAUGGAGAGUCAUCUCCUCAUAUCUUGAAAUGUCUCGACACAAGACCAAAAUUUCCACCUCCUCUACACUACCUGGUGCUUCAGCCGGACCCAGGAGUCGACCUUUCGACCCCAAACUCCACAAGUCCUUAAAUGCCGAACUGAAAUAUUUGUACACGGCCAUUACUCGUACCAAAUGCAACCUUUGGAUAUACGACUCCAAUCAGAAAUCAAGGCUCCCAAUGUUCGAUUAUUGGCACAAACGAGAGCUUGUCAAAGUGGUCAGAACUGACACACCCUCAGGCGUACAUGUAGAGGGUAUGUACAAUAUUGUCUUUGCUUCCAACUCUACCAUGGAGCAAUGGAAAGCUCAGGGAGACAAUUUCCGAAAGAAGCAUCUCUGGGAGCAGGCCAGAUUGUGUUACGAACGCUCUGGAGAAGAGAACAAGUAUCUAGUGAAGGAGGCACAAGCUUAUCAGCUGGUGAAAAACGCUCGACAUCAAAAACCAUUCCUCUAUUUCGAAGCUGCUCUUUUGUUUUUAGAGUGUGAUCAUUUGCACCACGGGACCAACUAUCUGACAGCUGCAGCCCUUUGCCUGAGGCACGCUAAACCCUCUAAACUCCCACAAGCCGGGAAACUGUACGAACUGCUUGGAGAGAGUGGCAAAGCAUGUCAGGUCUAUUUGAAAGCUCGCGACUUUGAAAAUUUUAUAAGGCUCAAGGAAUCGAUCAAAGACUACAGUUCUGUCGUAAUGACUCUACUAGGCAAGCCUUUCAUGAGAAAGAGAGAAGCACUAAUGAAGGCUAGGGAGUACGAAGUAAACGGCAUCGAAUUAGCCCCAGAACUUUCAGCUAGUAAGCUCUCCUACUCGUGUGCCAAGUUUUACGCUGAAAGGAAAGACAAGGAGACUCUAGUGGAUGUACUGCAAUACAUGCCAGAGACGGAACGAAAAGUAAGGUUCUUGAAAGAGUCGAAGCUUUACGACCAAGCCUUCACAGAGUACGAACAAAACAAGCAGUACAGUGAUGCCUGUAGACUGGCAGCUGCUCAAGGAUGGUUCGAUCGUGGUCACAAACUUGCCACAUCUGCUGGUUACCAAGACGAAAUAGAUUCCUUCAUUCUGCAAAGAGCCAAAUCCAAGUACAAGUACACCAUUGCUAAAAGUGGUGAGAAAUUGACGUCAGUUCGAGUGGUCAAAGAAAUAGGCCAAGAUGUGAUCGAUGACCUGUCGUAUCUGUUUGAAAGAGGCAAGAAACAAAGGAACUCGGUCAGUACCUAUGCUGCCCUCCUGCUUGGAAUGAUCACUUCAGACAAGGGUCUGUGUAGACUAGCAUGGCGUACAUUUAAGCUCCUCAAGCACAAAAUUGGAGAAUUGGAAGCCUUUCAUCAACUUCAAGAACUAGCCGACGAAUCAACAGCUUCCGUACUCGAAGUGUGUCAACUUGCAAAGGAGAUCGGAAGAAUGUUUCAAAGUGCCAAAGACAUUAACAAUGUUAUACACCAAGGGCUGAGAUUUUAUGAUAUUCGAAAAGUAGGUCAAGUUUAUUGUCUCCCACGUGAUCAAGAUAUUUGGAUGCCGAAUAUUAUUCAACAGUGCCAAAAUGAAACUGAAAAGGUGGAUAUUGAUGGAAUGCAUAGAUUAGACAUCAAAAAAGUUCGUGCUUGUAUUUCAGAGCAUUGUGCGGACUAUAUAAAACACUGGGUGAAUCGGUUCCAACUAGACACCAAGAUCCCUUACAGCUGUGACACUUUCUCCCUACACAAGCCACUCAUAACAAAACGGUUCCCAGAUCGAGAAUACGCAGUCGAAGAAGUUUCCAGCGAGGCUCUACGAAAAUACAUUCAGUCUGUUCUGGAAUAUUUAGAGCUGCGCCUGAUUCUUGACAAAGAUGUGGAGGGAAUGAUUUCACUUCUUCUAGCACUGUUCAGCCCGCAAGUCACUCGAUAUCUUCCACAAAGAUUCAACGAGCAUCAUGUGAGCGUGAUACGAAACUACACUUUUACACACACUGCAUUCACCACCUGGCUCAAAGAAUCCAUCCUUUCCCCUGCAAAGAAUUUCCCAGAACGUGUGUCCAUCGAUCAAUGGCUGACAGCAUGGAGAGCUUGCUGCCUGUUUUCACCUCGCAUGAAGCCACUGUUCUCCGCUCUGGAAGAGCUAGAAACUCUUGUGAAGAAAGCUGAAAGUGGUAGCGAUUUCAAGCCACCUGCUGGUUUUGUGUACAAGAACAAAGAUGAAGCGUAUUACCAUGUGUUCUCAAUGUGGCUGCUUUCUUGUCAGCAAAUUAGGGACGACGGUGAUGUUUUGUGGGGUUCUAGACUUGCCAUCUAUCACUUUGUAAGUGAGAUUGCUUCCAAUCAAUGCAUAUCAAUUUCGGUGGCCAAUAUGGUGGAUGUGUUGUCUCUGCACUGUACUGUGUUAUUGGCCAUCAUCACUCACGUUCAAGGCCGUCAGAACCGAUCCUCCUCUCUGACUGUCCCUCUACUGUACAAGAGUACAGUACAGCUGUUUGACAGCAUGGUCUCGCAUGAAGACACCAAGUGGAAGUUGCUCCAAGGUUGUGCACAUGAAAUUAGCACAAAACCAGACCGAGCUCUCCCCAGAUAUUUCCGAGAUUCUCGUCUGCUACUAAUACGAUCUCUAGACAUCCUCUUGGGUGCCUACAAACAUGCCCCGUGGUUUAGUGUGCUCAAAUUUGCUCUGAAAAAGCUUCCUCAUAACGAUGACACUCGCCAUUGUCUUAUCCUCACACUGACCAUCUUCGGUAAUCUCGUCAUGCUCUGUGACAAACAAGUUAUGGCUUUUUAUCAUGAGAAAUUAAUGUACAUUUUCACUCGAAUUCAAGACAAACAAGAAACUGUACCACCAGAUUACGUUAAACAUGUGAUUGCUGCUCUCAGCAGUCCCACAUUUGUCAACCCUCGCGAGGUGUUCGGUCUCGUUGAUACACUCCUACACAUGAAGCGUGGGAGGCAACCUCUAGCAAAACUGGUUCUGAAACAAGUUGGAAAAAAUUACAAAGUCGACUUCAUCCCAUUGCCAAGUCAACCAAAUCGAUUGCAAAUGCCUCCCAGAGUGUAUCAACAGCCCCCACUACCCCCCACAUUGCAACCCGUUCCAUCCCCUCAGGGUCAAACUUCGAAUGUGAUGGCCACCAUUUCAUCACCCCUUCCCCCAGCUCAGACCCAGCAGUAUGAAGCUGAUACGAGCAUUGCGACCCCACACAUGCAACCUCCUAUUGGCUCUGGCAGGACCACCCAGGCACCUCAAGUGCCCAUGACUGCAAGGCAAUAUCCUACACAGCCUAGUAUGUUUCCUACAACCUUCCCGCAAGAGAGUGAUACAGGAAUUUUUUUUCCUAGCCACCUAAGCAGGAAGCCAUUUGUCAAUCAGAUGGAUAACAGCUACAACCCUCCUUUCCCGAUGGAAGGUGCUCCUGGUAAAGUUUCUCGACUGCCUCAACAGCCCACGGGAGCUCCGCAAAUACCUGUUACAGUGAGAGAAAACAUGCUACCUUCAAUGGCCGCCAUUGGCUCGUCUGUACCAAGUGAAGAAGAUGCUGAUUCUGUUACCAAGCAUGUGGUAGCUUCUUACUCCAUAGAUGAACUGCGACAACUUGCUUCUUCCAAUCAAGAAGUAUACACCUCGGACUUCGAGUUCUCACCAUGCAACUCAGAUUUCGGUGAUGAAGAACCAGGCUAUCUAGAGAAUGAAGAAGAUGGUGGAUUUGAUCAAGCAUUGAGCAGCAGCCAUGCCCAUUUACCUCCUCUACCCACAGUGGAUCCAGAGCUGGUGGACCCCACCAUUGUAUCGCAAGGAGAUUGCAGUGCGUGUGGUGUUAGCUUCUCCCCAAACGAAGAUCAAGAAGGUGACCGUGCUACUACUUCUAGUGCAUUGCUUUAUGCUCAUGUCACGAGCGAAGCUCAUCGCUUAAACACUAUACUCUGUAAGCGAUUUUUGUCUAUUGUUGAUUCUGAAGAGAGUGAAAUUUCCUACCCACGAUUGUCCCAGAAGCUCCACGACUUAGUCACACGCUGCGAAGGCCUUAAAGAGUCAACUCACACGGAAAAUGUGUAUAAACUGAUCGAUAGCAUCAAGGAAAGCAAGGAGAAAAACGAUAUUGUUCUCACUGGUAUACAAGACAGACUCGCUUGGAGGGAGGGUAUUCAAAAAGUCAGUAAAAUGUUGGAGACUAUGGACAAACAGUUGUUCACUGGAGAAAAGAUGUAUAAAGAACUAGAAUCGCACAAGGUACAUGUAUACAACAGGGAAGUUUCGAACCCUGAGGAAUUGGACGCUGGGGAGUUGGAAAUAUUGAGUGGGCAGUACGAGGAGGGAGCAAAGGUUGAUCAGGGGUUAGAGGUGAAGCGGAUACGGACGGCUGCUGAGAAGCAAGUGUCUCGUCAGCGGAAAAGAGAGAAGAAAGAACGACAAGUUAAACAUGGUGGGGGAAAUAACAAAAACUAAACUUACGAACAUUGAUACAUACCGGUAGUUUCUCUAGUAUAUUUUCAAGUGUUUAUUCUCAGUUCAUGUGUACUGUACAUGCAUCAACACUGAUAAUUACCCUUACAACAGUACGUUUUUGUUUUACUUUUAUUUUUAAUAAUUUAACGUAUACGUGUUCAUGUGAUGUUAACAAUUAAUGUUAAUUAGUGUAUAAUUUUAUUUUAUAACUAUAA